AUGGCUAGGAAUCAAACCUUGAAAGAGCUUGCAGCUCCAAAUUUGCAUCAACAACCCUUAUGCAUAACUUUCCCUAAUUUAGAUGCUAAUACUACUUUUGAAUUAAAAUCCAGACUAAUACAUCUAUUGCCCACCUUUCAUGGUCUUGCAGAGGAUUCAGCUAAGGACUGGUUCUACUAUCUACAAUCUAGAAGUGUCACAACAUGGGAGGAAAUGAAGAUGAUGUUCUUAGAAAAAUAUUUUCCAGCUUCAAGGGCAGCAAAUAUUAAAAAAGAAAUUUGUGAAGUGAGGCAGGACAACAGGGAAUCUCUACAUGAAUAUUGGGAGCGUUUCAAGAAACUUAUGGUUGAUGCUGCAAGUGGAGGAGUGUUGGUGGAUGAAACUCCUGAGGGCGCGAGGAAUUUGAUUGCAAACAUGGCAGCCAACUCUCAACAAUUUGACACUAGACUCGACGCUCCUUGUAGACAUGUUAAUGAGAUGGCUGUAGGUAAUAUGCAAACGACGAAGGCAUGUGGAAUUUGCUCGGUGGCAGGACAUCCAACUGGCAUGUGCCUAACUCUCCAAAAAGAUAAACAAGUUAAUACAGUAGGCAGCUUUCCUGGACAACCACAAAGAAAUUAUAAUCCUUACUCGAACAUCUACAAUCCAGGAUGGAUGGAUCAUUCAAAUCUUAGCAUGGGAAUCAACAAGACCAAACUUCAAGUUCGGGAAACAAGGAGAAGUAUUAAAAGUUUGGAAAAUCAAAUGGGUCAAAUGGCAACCGCAAUCAACAGGCUGAAAACACAAGGUUCGGGAAAAUUACCCUCUCAAACAAUGGUCAAUCCAAGGAAAAAUGAUUUAGUAGGAUAUAGAAAAGAUGAACUUGAUCGCAAGCUUUAUGAUACUUUUGGUAGAUGCGAGAUACAUAUUCCACUUAUAGAUGCUAUUAAACAAAUACCUCGUUAUGCUAAAUUUUUGAAAUAUUUUUGCAAUAGUAAGAGGAAACAAAAACUCAAGGGAUGUGAAAAGGUAAACAUUAGGAAGAAUGUCUCUGCAAUUAUUCAAAGAAAAAUCCCCACGAAGUUCACAGACCCAGGUAUGUUAACUAUUCCUUGUACAAUAGGCGACACUAACUUUGAAAAAGCCAUGAUAGAUUCAAGAGCUUCUAUUAAUGUCAUGCCAUAUUCUAUAUACGCUUCUUUGAAACUUAGACCUUUAAAUAAAAUUGGUGUUGUGAUCCAACUAGCUGAUAAAUCUAAUGCCUAUCCUAAGGGUUUAGUUGAGGAUAUUCUUUUGUAA